CUUAAAACCUUCCCUUACCAUAUUCUUCAUUUUCAUUUCUUCUAAUUUCCUCUUUAUUCCUUUUAUUAAUUUCUUCGAAAUUUCUUUGCCUCUUUCAUAUAAUAUUCUCAUCUCUUUAUACCAAAUUUCUCACAUAUAUAUAUACCUACCUAAGUCUAAUAUAAUUGACCACCCCUAAAAAUAAAACCAUAUUGUAUACAAAUUAUUUUAAUUAUCUAUCAUGGAUGAACCUAUUGUGUUGAACAAAGUUGAUGAAUCUCUUGAUUUGCCUCCUGGUUUCAGAUUCCACCCUACUGAUGAUGAAAUCAUUACUUGUUAUUUGAUUAACAAAGUGUUGAAUAGUAAUUUUAGUGCAACUGCAAUUGGUGAAGCUGAUUUGAAUAAGUGUGAACCUUGGGACUUACCUAAGAUGGCAAAGAUGGGAGAGAAAGAUUGGUAUUUCUUUUGCCAAAGAGAUAGAAAGUAUCCAACUGGAACAAGAACUAAUAGAGCAACUGAAUCAGGGUAUUGGAAAGCAACUGGAAAAGAUAAAGAGAUCUACAAAGGGAAAAGUAACCAACUUGUUGGAAUGAAGAAAACUCUUGUGUUCUAUAAAGGUAGAGCUCCAAAGGGAGAGAAAACCAAUUGGGUUAUGCAUGAAUUUAGAUUGGAUGGCAAAUUUGCAACUUGCAAUCUUCCUAAGGAUUCAAAGGAUGAAUGGGUUGUAUCAAGGAUUUUCAACAAGAGCAACACAGAGAUUAAAAAGAAUUCAUUUUCCAAUCUUUUGAGGAUAAAUUCAUUAAGUGAUGAUCUAUUGGAUUUUUCUUCACUACCACCUCUUGUGGAUCCACCUUUUAGCAACACUAUCAAUUCGCCACCUUCAUCAUCCUCUAAACCGCCACCAAAUGGUAAUUAUUUUCCAAGUUACUUAAUCAACAACAAUAUUCAAAAUCAAAUUCCAUCAUAUAACAUUGCCACCAACCAAGAGAAUACAUUUUCUCAUCAACCUCAAAAUCAAAUCCAAAUUCAAAAUUCAAGCUCUCAAUUGCAACAAAACAUGUUAUCAAAUUAUUCUUAUAAUAUGCAACAAGGGAAUCACAACAAUACUUAUAUUUAUGGAUUGGACAACAAAGAGUGCAAGAUGGAACAAUUCUCUACCAACAAUUCUAUGGUAAGUGUUUCACAAGACACAUGUUUGAGCAAUGACAUAAACACUGACACAUCUUCAGUGGUCUCAAAGCAAGAAAUUGGAAGGAAUACAACAUUGUAUGAGGAUUUUGAGUGUCCUUCAUCAAUUGGUCCUCUCUCAAAUUUUGAAUCUUUGUGGAAUGACUAUUGAAGAAUAAUAGAGAAAUUAAAUCAUGGUUUUUAUAUAUUAAUUCCAUUAUUACAUAUCAUCAUAGAUAUAAUUAUUAGAUAUGAAGAAAGUUAUUGGUUAUGCAUAUAGUGUAUAGGUUUAUGAUUAUGAAGGUGUUCUAAAGUAUAUAGGUUUUUUUUUUUAUUAUUAUUCAGCCAUCCUACUAUUUAACAAUUAGGAAAAGGACUUUGAUCCUACUAUUGUACAUUUUCUUUUCGUUAUUAUUAGAUAUAGGGAGUUUGUUUUAUUAAUUCAUUUUCUUUUGUAAUUUCUAUCAAAGAUUGUAUUUGUGUAAUUCAAAAUUUGUGUAAUUAAUGAAAAUUAUAGUUUAGAGUACAUA